CGGUUCGAUUAACAGACGAUAUCAACAAAAACGAAAACAAAAAAAACGAAACGGUUCUAUUUUUGCGCCUCUUUUUCACCUGCAUUUUGCGACGACGCGACAUCGAUGCUAAAGCCCCUCCCCCGAGCACCGAUGGCGACCCUUGGCACACCAUCGUCUUAUCUCUGAACAGCUGCAGUUGGGUUACCAUUAACAGUUAAUAACCAUGAUUCUUUGACUUGAGUUGCGUCAAUCUAAUCGGCGUGUAGUUUGACACUCAUCGCAAGACAUUAGUGAAGUGAGUUGAGAGCAAUGAGAGUGCGUUAGUACCCGGAUUCUGGCCGAAUAACCCACUAUUAUCAGGCGUGUGAUUGGUCAUAAAGGCAGUAGAUUAGCGCCAACUGAUUGUAGGCAACAGCAGCAGCUGUAGGCCAGUUUAGUAGUCGGAGAGUUGCCACGACGCACAGUUGAGAUACAGAUUAUGGCCGAGCUACGUCCUCUCAGUGCUGAAUUGCGCCACAUUGCCGCAACGGAGCUAAAUGAGGUGGAGGAGCGAGUGCCAGCUGAUUUGCAGGCACUACGGGAUUGGAUUGCCAAACAGCCGCAUCUAAAGUGUCGACAGGAUGAUCAAUUCCUUAUCGCCUUUCUGCGCGGCUGCAAAUUCAGCUUGGAGAAGGCCAAGUCCAAGUUGGAUAGCUUCCUCACCAUUAAAACCAUGAUGCCGGAGUUGUUUGCGAAUCGCCAAAUGGACGAACGCAGUAUUGCCUUGUGCCGCACGGGUACAUAUGUCCAACUACCCAAGCCCUUUGGACCAGGCGGACCUAGAAUUCAGCUCACAGAUUAUUCCAAGUUUGAUCCCAAGGUCUUCAAGUUAAUCGAUCUCUUUCGCUACCAGACGCUGCUCAUGGAGCGUCAGGUGCGCGAAGAUGACAAUAGUGUCAUCAGUGGCUAUAUUGAAAUUCUAGAUAUGGGUAGUAUGAGCCUCAGUUUCCUAGCUCAAAUCGAUCUUCCGCUCAUCAAGAAGAUGGGCGUUUUUGGCGAUAAAGCAGCACCAGCACGAAUCAAGGGAGUUCAUUUCAUCAACUGCCCUAAGGAGGCGGCUGCACUGCUCAACAUGUGCAAGAGUUUAAUGCCCGCCAAGCUACAAUCUCGAUUCUUCGUCUACAAAAAUCUAGAGAAGCUGAACGAGGUUAUUCCACGUGAAUAUUUGCCAGAGGAGUAUGGUGGAAGUAAUGGACGCAUAUCUGAUAUAAUAGUCAAUAUGGAGAAGCAGAUGCUCGAGUAUAACGAAUACCUGAAGGAAGAUAACCAAUACGGAGUUAAUGAACAGCUGCGUCCCGGCAAGAGGUUGAAUGCCGACACCGUGUUCGGCAUUGAAGGAUCCUUUCGCAAAUUGGACAUCGAUUAGAUUAGCGCCAAAUUAAUCAAACUGAAAUUUUAUGGAAAAACCAUUGCAAGGCUUAGCUUUAAUAGCAAAUGUAUCAAAAAAAAACUAAAUUAAAGUGCAUCUCAAAGUCAAA